AUGACUGGAUGGUAUCGUGAUAUGAGUCAUCGGUACCUGGAGCUUGAGUCCACUCAUCGACAAGCUCUGUGGGAAUCUACUCAUGCUUUCCCGAUUCCUCCGGCUCAACGGCGAUCUGAACGGUUCAUGCAGACAUUCUGGCGCCAACGAAAACAACGCCGUUCUCGCUUUAAAGCGCGUUGGAAGAAAUUCUUGAAGAUGAUACUCAGCGGCAUGAUCGCUGGCCACUGCGAUCUCGACAUCUUGCGAGAUCCCUUCUUCCCCCACUAUCCGCGCCCACAUGAAGACCGAGUUUGGCAUCCAGGGUUAGGACAUUCUAACGACCCAGCUGACUUGCUAGAGGCGUUGGACAUGGCAGACCAAGAGGAUCUUUGGCGCAACCAGUUCCGUAACGCCUAUUGGGAUCAUCCCGGAUCGCAGAUCCCUCGUCUGCAGGACAAGUUCAAACCUGUUCAUUCGUCUUAG